CAGGUUUCCUUUUAAAAUGGGGCACCGGGAAACUCGGAACCAAAACAAACGUCAUUAUUUACUCGUGCACUUGAAUUGAGAAGGACAAGAGUAAACAGAGAUACACUACAGACAUGGAAACCAUGAUUUACAUGGAUCAGGAGAAUGGCAGACUGAUGACUCCAGCUAUCAAGUCUCGGCAGAACAGACUGCACUCAGCUCCAGAUCAGUGCUUGAGAACACCUCUGAAUGGAAAGGCACAUCUCGGAGCUCCUUUGCAAUCCAGUCGAAAAGCUUUGGGAGUCAUUAAUAAGAUUGUCAACCAAACAAGCUCUCAUGAAGCUGAGGAGAAGACUAGACCUGCUGAAGUCAAGUGCAAAGUGCCUCCUCCACUUCCUACUGAAGAGUUGCCUGAGAUUGAGAAGUUCUUUCCAUACAAUCCAAGCGAGUUUGAGUGCUACAGUGUUCCAGAUGAAGUUUACCUCAGUCGUUUCUCUCUGGCUGGUCUGGGUAAACAGACAUGGCUGCCUGCUUCCCCUGUGGAAGAGUUUAUUGAACCAUGUUUGCCACUCUCACCUUUAAAGAUGCCCAAAGAAGUGGAAUACGGUGAUGAAGUGGAGGCUUUCCUACAGACCAUCAAUGAGCUGACUGAAGUUGACUUGCCUCCUGAAUGUGACUUUUAAGCUUUUUUUUUUUUUUUUUUUUUGUGCCUUAAACCUUGUACAUUUUAAAAUUGUUGGCUUUGUUAUUAAACUAUAUCAAACGUUUCAGAGGAUUUUUUUUUUGAUGGUUCUUUAUUGCAUUUUUUUUUUUUACAUUUGGUACAUAAUUAAAUGCUUUAAUCU